GCAGCGUCACCUUUGAGCGAGGUACCCCCUCAGAGAGGCUGUCCCAUCCGCCCCCCUCAGCCGCAGGACGGUGUGUGACAGACCCCGCGGCAAGGGAGCGAGGAGGAGGCGGCGGCGCGUAGUUAAGCGUAGCCUUGCGCCCGCGCCUCAUUCCCGCCCCCUCCGCCCUCUUUCCCUCACCCGCUCGCCCCCAGGUGUCAGGGGCAUCUGCCGCCGCCGCCCCCUGCCAUGGUCCCCCGCCCGUCGCCCUGGAAGCAGGAGGAGCUGGGGCGGCGGCCGCCAUUGCCUGAGGGGGCUGCGAGGCGGCGAUGAGAGGAUGGACGCAGACGAGGUGACCAUCCGCGAGCAGAACUUCCACAGCCAAGUGCGGGAGUACACGAUCUGUUUUCUUCUGUUUGCUAUUCUGUAUAUUGUUUCCUACUUCAUUAUCAGAAGAUACAAGAGGAAAGGAGAUGAGCAAGAGGAUGAAGAUGCUAUUGUCAAUAGAAUUUCGCUAUUCUUGAGUACAUUUACUCUUGCAGUUUCAGCUGGUGCUGUCCUUCUUCUACCUUUCUCAAUAAUCAGCAAUGAAAUCCUGCUCUCUUUUCCACAUAGCUACUAUAUUCAGUGGUUAAAUGGAUCUCUAAUUCAUGGCUUAUGGAAUCUUGUUUCUCUCUUUUCCAACCUUUGUUUGUUUGUACUGAUGCCCUUUGCUUUCUUCUUUCUGGAGUCGGAAGGCUUUGCUGGCUUAAAAAAGGGGAUUAAAGCACGCAUUUUGGAAACCCUUGUUAUGCUCAUUCUUCUUGCACUGCUUAUCCUUGGAAUCGUUUGGGUGGCUUCAGCUCUCAUAGACAAUGAUGCUGCGAGUAUGGAGUCUUUGUAUGAUCUUUGGGAAUUCUACCUCCCUUAUUUAUAUUCCUGUAUAUCACUGAUGGGAUGUUUAUUACUUCUACUAUGCACACCAGUGGGACUUUCACGAAUGUUUACAGUGAUGGGUCAGUUGCUUGUAAAGCCAACGAUCCUUGAAGACUUGGAUGAACAAAUAUAUAUCAUCACCUUAGAAGAAGAAGCUAUCAUGAGGAGGCUAAAUGGGAUGUCUUCACCAGUGGAGUACAACACAAAGCAGCUGAAGCAGGAACUAAGUAAAGUGAAGAGUAUGAAGACAAAAUUGGAACGACGGAAAAAGGCUUCAGCUUGGGAGAGGAAUCUUGUGUAUCCAGCUGUAAUGAUCCUGCUGCUAAUUGAAACUGCAAUCUCUGUCCUCUUGGUUGCUUGCAAUAUUCUUUGCCUGCUAGUUGACGAAACUGCAAUGCCAAAGGGGUCAAGGGGCCCUGGCAUAGGAAAUGCCUCUCUGUCCACAUUUGGUUUUGUGGGAGCAGCACUCGAGAUCAUUUUGAUUUUCUAUCUAAUGGUCUCUUCGGUUGUUGGCUUCUAUAGCUUACGCUUUUUUGGAGAUUUCACUCCCAGAAAGGAUGACACAACGAUGACAAAGAUAAUUGGGAACUGCGUUUCGAUCUUAGUCCUCAGUUCAGCUUUGCCAGUUAUGUCAAGGACACUGGGUAUUACCAGGUUUGAUCUCCUUGGAGACUUUGGAAGGUUUAACUGGUUAGGAAAUUUCUACAUCGUGCUAUCCUACAAUAUCCUCUUUGCCAUUGUGACAACCCUGUGUCUGGUUAGAAAGUUCACCUCUGCAGUUAGAGAGGAGCUUCUCAAAGCAUUAGGUUUUGACAAGCUUCACCUCUCACACAAUGCAAGAGACUCCGAGGCUGCAAAGCCAUCUGUAAACGGGCACCAGAAAACACUGUGAAAAGCAGGUGGUGGAACCGAGCCCUUUUGACUUCAUGACAUUCCUGUCACUUCAUAGCACUUGUUUUUGUAUUGCUUUUUCUUGUUUGUAUAUUGGGUCCAAGUUGAUAAAAAAAAUUGCACCCUAGAAAGCUGGGUGUAACAGACUGUACUCUUCUUGCCCAGAUUGAUCCAUGUUAAAUUACUGUUUCAGCUGGUGCAGAAUUGUGUCUUGAAACCUGGAAGCAGAAAAGAAAACUCUAUUCCUCUUUGGAUACGCCUCCAUAUUGAUCUAUCAACAUAUUAGGCCAAGAAUCUCCCGAGCAUAAACCUUUUGCUGAAGAAUUAGGCUGGGUGUCUUGAGAUGAGCCUUGCUAGUUGAAAAUGGUAAAUCCCUUACUAGUUGCUGCUUUUUCAGUAAAAUUGCAUUACGAAAACUGACAACUUAAAGAGAGUACGGUAAGAUCCAGGAUCAGUACAUUCAUUGCCCAUCUGAUGAGUUUCCACCGUCAUUGUGUCUUAAGAUACCAGCAGUUCCUGGUUCUAAAUGACAAACUGAGACUCAUGAAUUACACAGUAAUGUAACCCUAGGUUGCAGUGCUAAAUUGUAAUUUCACAGACCUCUGAUUGUUGUGUACAUAAUCAUGCAUUUUAGGGCAAUCACACAACUCCAUUAAAUGCACAGAGAAUUCUGUUCAUUUCCUUCUGUGUAAUGUGUCGCCUUAUAUGCAUAAGCAAUGAGAAAAGGAUACAAUAGCACACAACUUCCACAAGUGUUAAAACAAUUAUCCCACUCUAGAUGCCCUGGGUUAAGUGUGCAGUGCAUUCUAGUUAAUUAGAAUAGACCAUUUUUUCAUUAUUUCCUUUGUUGAUCUAUCUAUUUAAAAAACAUGGAGUAAUCAGGUAGCAGAUUAUCAACUCCAGUUUUUUAAAUAUUAAAAUAUAGAUUCCAAUUAAGGCAUGCAAUUUUCAUUGAUAUUGUUACACUUUAGCAAAUCUUGUGUGUAACACAAGAAUCUGAAGGAAGUUAGCAUACAUACUGUGAGUAGAGGUAGGUAGAUUGUAAAGGCUAGCAUGACAUUGUAUGAAACUUUGCUGAAGGUUUGUAGUUCUUGGAUGAUGAAGUGACACUGGCCAUUCAUAGAUGAGCACAUUUUAUAAGUGAUCCCAUAAGGUUAACUGGAUCUUCACAACUUUAAUGUUUUACCUCACUUUGAAAAUAUCAGUAUUGUAUUAAUCUCAGUAAAUCCAAAACUGGGUUUUGAUGUGUUUUACAAUGUUGAAAUAAUUCUGCAAAUUAUCCUGCUUUUUAUGAAAGAUCAGAAUGUUACUAGAUUCAUUGGGGUUCACAAGCAUUUUCCGCACUGUUUGACAUCAGUGUAGAGUUUCUGGACAUUAGACACUAUUUUAAGUUUCAGAUGAUUUCUUAUGAAAAUUUAUAUUGCACAAAAUUUUGGAAGGUAGCAUUUAUAGUAAACACAUUAUAGAUUUUUUUCUAAUUUUGUCAGUAUAAAUGACAAAUAGAGCAGAUGCAGGACAGAACUUGUUUUUCAUAAAACUGUUUCUGGGAACUGGAAUAAAUUGUAAACUGGGGGCUUUUUGCCAAAGUGGAAGAUGUAGAGAAAUCGGCUGACUCAGAUUAAGCCAGGAUAUUCCCAAGUGCUGUGCACCACAUACAGCACCCUUCACAUAAGUGGGGAAAAGCCAGGAAGCUGUAGUUAUGAAUUAACUAUAACUUCACAUCACAUGCAAAUGGGAAAAUCAAUGGCUUCUGAACAAACCAGCCAACUUGUGGAUAAGCUCGUUUGGAAGCUGUUAAGCAAGAGAAGUUGCAAUGAACUUCUGCUUCCUGACUUGUUUUUCCAUUCACAUGAAGGGAAUGGCAAAGCAAGAGCAAAAGGGAGAGUUGAGGGCAGUGUGUUUGUGCCUAGCCCAGCUUAUUAAACCAACAUUUGAUUAUCUCAACCAGGCCCAAGAGUUUAGAUGUUGAUACCCUGUAUCUCAAUUUGAAAUGGUAGUACCGGUAAUUGGUUUUAGGAUUUUUAGUAUGCUUGGCACCUCCACUUAACACAUUAAAACAUACUCAUGUGCAUGUUAUAAUAGUAAUAUGCCUACAGAAAAAAGUGGAUUCUGUAUAGUAAAGGUACAUCAACAGUAUGCUUAUUACCAUAGCUACUGCAGUCAACAUAUAGAUGGAUCCAACUGAAUUUGAAAGUAUUUGUGAUUCUGUGGCUAUCAUGCCUUGGACAAAGUUCAUACCAAAUUAUUGAGAAUUUUAAUCCAUGUUCUUCAUAGGUAGAGAGUUGACUUAGACAAAUUUGCAAAUUAAACAUCAAAGACAAUAAAUGCAGAUGGCAUGAGGAAUCUUCCGUAAGUACCUUAAUAAACUUGGGUUAGUUCACCUGUAAGUGCUCUACUGUACAGCCCCAUUCAUAUCAGGAGCUGUGCAAGAGGAAAUGCUUCCCUGAAAACAUUGCCUUUGGUUAUCCCGGUGUGGUUAGCAUUAAUUGUACAUGGUAUGACACCUGCCCCCAUCCCCAAAAGUCCUUUGAUUUGUGAAGGCUCCAUCUCAAUUCUUGUAAUUUCUUAGAAUCAGGUGUGCAACUUAUCCUAUGUAUUGGUGUGUAUCUCAAUCAGGGGUGGGGUACUUUCUUUCCCUCUCAAGACCGACAUUUGGGACAAUAUUUGUUGUGCUAAAUAGGCCAGUGAUGGGUAGGACCUCUUCUUCCCCUUCCAUUCUCCGCCCCUUCCCAGCCACUUGCAUGAAAUUAGGCCAAAGACUAAAUUGACCCCUGUAAAGUUUUAAUGCCUUUGGCAGGAAAAUAGGAGGGACUUAUCUAGUAAUGUGACUAGUGCCAUUGCAGCAAAUCAUUGUUUCCUGCUGAUACUAGAAUAAUACAGGCCAUCUCACCCUGUGAAAUUGAAGUAUAACCUGGCUAUUGCUGCCUCCCACUUCCAAACUUACACAAAAAUACACAAUGCACCACUCUGGAGAUGCAUGUGAAAUAAGAGUCACUAGAAGGGGGACAGAUUCAGCACCCCCCCCCCUUAUAAAUAUGUGUGAUGGUCUCCUGUUCCUUGACUUUGUCCAUGUGAAAUUGUUGAAAUUGUCAUUUUAUCCCUCAGUUCAAAUUAUUUUACAGAUGAAGUUCUACUUUCAAAUAUAGUGAUAAAAUUAUACAUAAAUACUUAAUUAUAAAGGCUUAAAUGUGUUUAAGUAGAUGGUAUUAGUAAUUCUUUGAUGGAUACUAGUAAUGUAUUCCUAGUGGUUUGACUCGUGUAGUCAAGUGUUUUGUACCUUUUUUAAGGUACAAAAACCUCUACUUCAGUCAUAAACCAUCUGCCUCGUUAUGAGGCUAAAGCACAAAUAUGCUUUUCUUGUAUGAGCUAGAUGUAUAUAAAAUCAGACCAAAAAUGUAUGCAAGUUAAGUGUCUUAAGUGCGCCAUUGUUUGGCUUUCUCCUCCACUGGUACACUGUGUUAACACAGCGUGACAGAAUUGUUGUUGCAAAGUCUGAGCACAUCUUUACCCUUUAGCUUUUUAAGCCAAUGUCAAGCAGACAUAGAGGGGUUAUUUAGAAGUUGGAUUCACUAGGACACUUUGUUUACAGAUUGUAAUGUGACGUUUACCUUCACCUCUUUCUCCAAUCUUUUACACAGUUGCCUGUUUUACAGUGUCAAUUAAAGGAUUUGACAAUAUGUUCUUCUACAGCUUAUUUGGUUCAGAGGUGUUUCAUUCAGCUCAAGCUUCUGUUCACUUAAAACACUUUGACAUUGUGUACAGCCUGGUAUUGAGAACAUCUCACAGAUGUUCUGCCUGCACUGAGAUUUUUCUUUUCUCCUCUUAGGGAGCUUGUGAACUUUAUUCAGAAGAAAUGGGAAGUGGGUAGCAAUGUAUGUAGUUGUUUGUAUGGGUGAAGUUUAUGGGCAAUCAGAUACGCCACCUUUACAAAUCUUUGGGGUGUACCGUUAAUGUGCCCAGGAACACACUUUAAAUAGAGGAUGGAUGAAAGCACACCCAGGUAGGGGAAGACAUACAUCCCAUGAUUUGAAAGCUGACCACAGGCAGAAUCUUGUAGAAAGCUCUGGAAGACUAGGAGUGCUGGCGCCUCUCUUUACUCAUGUACAAUACGUUUUUUAUGUAUAGUAUAAGGAGGUAGAACCAGUGUAAUCCUACUUAGUUCCUUUCUGACUACUCAAGAAGGAACCUCCUGUGUUAAGAGGUUCUUUCUUGAGUAGUCGGAAACUGACUAAGCAGAAAUAUACUAGUUCUAUCUCCCAGUGAGUUGGAAUUCUGUUCUAGCAUUUCCUCAUUGCCUUUAUACUGGUACUGUCUUUUCUAGCCAGUCUCUAGCCUGUUGUCAUACUUCAUGGUGAGUGUGGGGAAUAAAAUUCUUUGAGUGCAUUUGGCUUGUGCCUCACUCACCUGGGCAAGGAGCAUAUGGUCAAAUCUUGCAAGUACAGUGGUACCAUGGGGUACAAACGCUUCGGGUUACAAACACUUUGGGUUACAGACUCCGCUAACCCGGAAGUAGUACCUCAGGUUAAGAACUUUGCCCCAGGAUGAGAAAAGAAAUUGCGUGGCAGCAGCGGGAGGCCCCGUAUCUCAGGUUAAGAACAGACCUGGAACAAAUUAAGUUCAUAACCAGAGAUUUAUUUUUUUUAAAAAAAAGUUUGCUGGCUUCACACAAAGCAUGUCUAAGCUAUUGAGAGCUGCCUCAAUUGUCUCUACUUGCUUGCCUCCUACUCCCAUCUCUUGGUGAGCUUGUUAUUCUUCCCAUUUGGGACUCUGCAGAACCCACAAACAAAAGUUACCUUCCUGUUAACUAGCCUUCAAGUAGCUAUCCUGUGGAUAAACACAGCCAUUCUUCAACCUCGUGAGUGCUUUUAUAUUUUGCUGAAAGCCGCCGAGAGCGGCUGGGGCAACCCAUCAGAUGGGUAGGGUAGAAGUAAUGUAUUAUUACUGGUAUUUCUAUUUUGUGAGGAGCUGACUUUAUGGGAGAGAAAAGCUCUCUUAAGGGACUAGGAUGGUGGUUCUAUAAUGUGACUGCAAUGUGGAACAAUGGGAAUUACUCAUGAAGGGCAAUUGCAGCAGGGAAUCUACUCAUGCCGGAAGAAAUAUCAACAACCUCAGAUAUGCAGAUGACACAACCUUGAUGGCAGAAAGUGAGGAGGAAUUAAAGAACCUUUUAAUGAGGGUGAAAGAGGAGAGCGCAAAAUAUGGUCUGAAGCUCAACAUCAAAAAAACCAAGAUCAUGGCCACUGGUCCCAUCACCUCCUGGCAAAUAGAAGGGGAAGAAAUGGAGGCAGUGAGAGAUUUUACUUUCUUGGGCUCCUUGAUCACUGCAGAUGGUGACAGCAGUCACGAAAUUAAAAGACGCAUGCUUCUUGGGAGAAAAGCAAUGACAAACCUAGACAGCAUCUUAAAAAGCAGAGACAUCACCUUGCCGACAAAGGUCCGUAUAGUUAAAGCUAUGGUUUUCCCAGUAGUGAUGUAUGGAAGUGAGAGCUGGACCAUAAAGAAGGCUGAUCGCCGAAGAAGUGAUGCUUUUGAAUUAUGGUGCUGGAGGAGACUCUUGAGAGUCCCAUGGACUGCUAGAAGAUCAAACCUAUCAAUUCUUAAGGAAAUCAGCCCUGAGUGCUCCCUGGAAGGACAGAUCGUGAAGCUGAGGCUCCAAUACUUUGGCCACCUCAUGAGAAGAGAAGAAUCCUUGGAAAAGACCCUGAUGUUGGGAAAGAUUGAGGGCACUAGGAGAAGGGGAAGACAGAGGACAAGAUGGUUGGACAGUGUUCUCGAAGCUACGAACAUGAGUUUGACCAAACUACGGGAGGCAGUGCAAGACAGGAGUGCCUGGCGUGCUAUGGUCCAUGGGGUCACGAAGAGUCGGACACGACUAAACGACUAAACAACAACAACAAUCUACUCAUGGAGGUUUCUUGUAUGUUUUAGAACCUGUUCUAAAAAUAGGAAUGGUGAUAUUGAGCUAACAUGUAUUUUACAUCUGACUACUGAAACGUAUGAAAUGACACCCCUCCCCCCCAGGUUGCUUACAGAUAUGAGGGUUUGAGCCUUUCUUCCCAGUUUCAGUGCUUACUCCUGGGCAGGAACUGAAACCUCUCUCCUGCUUGGGAGUCAGUGGGGGAUGAGAUUGAAGUUGGUAGCCUAGUUGCUACUGCUACCACACUUCCGGUGUCCUCUAUCUUCAGUCUCUGGUUUCGAGAAACUGGAUGAAAGGGAUGUAAAUCAAUGGCUAAGGCCUGGUAAAUCCUUCCCCCAUAAAUUUGACAUCUCUUCCACCCCUUUCCCUAUUAUGGGAAGAUAUGCUGUAUCCAAUACCAUAAAAGCCCACCCCACUCUGACUUGCCAGAAGGCCAUAUGCACAUAUGCACAAAGGAAAAACUUGUGUGGCAGCUCUUGCUGAAAAUGGCAAGUAAUUCAUAUAUAAUUGAAAUAUAUUAAUAUUUAUUCAUAUAUAUUAAUAUAUAUUUAUAUAAUACACAUUCAACUAAGGCCUACUCAAAAGUGGACCCAUUAAAAUUAGGGACUUAAAUUUCAAUGAGUCUGUUCCAAGGAAUAUGUCCAGCAUUGGAUACAACCCAAUGCCUUUUUUCAGUUACCUUGAAAAAGUGUAUUAAAACAUUAGUUAAGUAUUUUCUUCUGAUAAUGGGAACGGCAUAAAGGACAUAUGGGUCUUUCUCCCAAGGAGAAGUCUUCAAAUGCUUGAACACAGGUACUAUGAAACAUGUGUGAACAGGAGAGCAGAACGGUCUUGCUGGAGCAUGAUGGGUAGCUGGCUUGGGGAAUUCCAUCCUGCAGGUGAGGGGGGUAGAUGAGAGGCAUAAUGCAAAUUGGGCAGUCAACUAUGUCUUGUCGGAGUGCCUGAAACAAAGAAAAUGGUAAGCGUAGAAAAUACUAAACUGGCUUAAUAGCAACACUUUGUAUUCAUACACAAAAAAGUCCAAAAGAACGUAAAAAAGAAAAAAAAAGAAAAUUGGCUCUGAAACCAACCUGCAUCUGUAUCUUUUCCCAUUCAACUUCAUCUAUGCCU